AAUUAUAAAGGCGCGCCAUGCCAGCGCACUAUCAUCUCCAGAGUUCUGUCUGAACCCGCAAGACGCAACCGAGACUCCACUGAUAAUUAUUAACACCAAACUAGACUUCAACAGGUGCGCUGACUAAACCAUUCCUCAGUGAGGGGAGAUUCUGCCUUUGCCUGAGAACAGUGGAGUUUUUCUUCAGUUGAGCUUUUCUGUCCUGUUGUAACCUGUACCCGACGGUUGUGACUCCCGCUUGCCGCUAUGCCCUCACUGUUCCCGGCAUGGCUCUGCUGCCUUAGCCUGCUAACCGUGGAGACACACACCCUGGACCUGCCGCGGCCAGCCCGGACACAGCCUCACAGGUUUAUAUUAUCCAGAACCUCCUGGACACCUUGGUUGUCUUCGUCUCUCACUAUGGCGACGGUUGUCACCCCGACUGUUGCCCUGGACGACAGUGUUGCCCUUAGAAACAGAUGGGCCGUCUGGAGGGCCCUGCUCCCUAAAGGACCCCCGAGGCAGUCUAACCUAAUGCCUGACCAUGAAGGCCCACUGGCAAAGCCAUCCAGUCCACUGCCUGGCCAGAACUACCACCUCUCUAGAGAGGGGACGUCACGGGGUCGCCGUCAUGCCAAUGGUAGCGGUGGGCGUGGCCAGGGUCAGCUGAUGAGGGUGGGGUGUGUCCUGGGAACCUGUCAAGUUCAGAACCUCAGUCACCGACUCUACCAGCUGAUUGGACAGAGUGGGAGACAAGACUCCUCCCCCAUCAACCCCCGUAGCCCGCACAGCUACGGCUGAAUAACUUUAUCGGCAACCAACAAACAGGCACAGCUACAGCUGAAUAACGUAAUCAACAAGCAACACACAGGCAGAGCCACAUCUGAAUACAUUUAUGAACAAGACAACAACCUAUACACAGACACAGCUAACGGCAGAAUGUGGGUCAGAUGCAAGGUGGUGGAAGAAACUUAGAGUUUUAAGUGCUGACUGUGGGUAGGGUGGAAGGAGGUCUGUAAUACCUUGUUGUUCUGAGUUAGAGAGUCAUUAUUUCUGUCCCCAAUGAGCUGAGCUGAUCUACAAUCCCCUCCAUGAUCAUCCCUAUAUUCUUGUGUGUCUCUAAACUCUCAAUUUCAAUUAUCUCUCUCUCUCUCACUCUCUCACUCUCAAGUUUAGAAUAUAUGUCCUUUUCUACAGGCUCUAAUCAGUCACAGCCCCCCAUAGUCCGAAACAGCCUUAAGAAGCUUCACAGUCCCAUAUCGCCCUAUGAACCUUCCUAAUCUCAUGUCGUCCCAUGAAGUCUGAUAUGUAGCUCUUAUUUCCUAUGUUAGAUGUGUCUAGUGAGCUACUAGGUCAAGUGUAUUAGAAACCCGUAAAGCACUUUAAAGUAAAUACUGUUUUAUGUUUGCUAUGACUUGAACGUUUAAAGAUAUGUUGUUUAAUCUUAAAUUUAUUCAAUCUUAUUUGUUGUAAAUAUUUCACUGACUAAACCAGUGAAACGAAUGUGGCCGAAAUGUUUCCCCAAAUGUACAUUGUCUGUUUUAUUCAUCUUAGUCUAUAUCUUUGUAUAAGCUGUCAUAUUUAAUAAAGAGUAUGUGUUUAAAUGUG